GUGACCAUUUUCAUAAAUGACGCCAGAGUAUUACAGCCAAAUACGAGAACGCAAUCAUGUACUGUUGAUCAAGAUAUAAAGAGAAACAAUGACAGAAGUCGGGCUGAACUAUUUGGAAAUCACCAGGGCGUUCAGCAAGAUGUGGAUAAAGAUUUUGAAAGAACAUAUUAG